GACGCAUUACUUGCUUGUCGACAUCCGGCCUUACCGCGGCGUAUUCUCAUCUCCAGAACGAUGUUCGCCUAACGAUGAGCAAGGUGUAUCCGUGGCCAAUAUGGGCCCGAUACCGAUACCAUCUGCAGCUGGAUCAACUACCAGACCGAUGACGCACCUCCCUCCGGAAACUCUAGAGUGACGUCGUGAACGAGACGUUUGAAGAUCUGCUACAGAGCAUUCGGGCAGGCUACGCGAGCCGAGCAGGUUGCAACCGGCAGCAACAACCUGGUUUCACAUCGGUAGCGCCGGAUCCCACCAUCGGAAUGGAUGCAAACGGACGUUCGGAGGGUCCGCCGUCUUCUACCUUCUGGUUUAUUGACAACCUGCGCAGACACAUUAUUAUUACCCCCUGUUCCAAGACACCGAUCACGACUGCGACACCGCGCCCUGGUCUGACGACCGCUCCUCAUAUGAUCGGCGUCAUCAAGAGGCAUGGGGGCGGCAUACGGAGCAUGGCCCGGUUGACUAGCCUGAGCAAAGCCUGAGGUAUUCCACGUACAGUAUCUCAGAUCUCGUUCAUUGACAUCUCGUGUUGCUUGGUCAAACCUUCACAUUCUCCAUAUACAGCAUCCACACCUCCGGCUCAUUCGGGCCUGCAAUUUGCUCACCCAGAGCUCGUCGAAGCUACCCGAAUAUCAGUUCUGGUUGUUCGCAGAUUCGUCCCGAUCCAUGUCCUACUUUUCC